UGCUUCGCUUCUAUUCAACUGUCUCGUCAUCCAACCACCAAUAUUCGCUGAUUGCAACGGUGUCAUUUAUAUGGGUGUGACAUUUCUCCAAGAAGUGACCAGUGUUUUUAAGGAUGCUACCGCUCCUGUGCCACUCUUUGACUCGCCUGAGCUUCCUUCGUUGUCAGUAAUAGAUGUUCUUGGUGCCCUGAGGCUUUCAAUAUUGUUACGCCAAAUAAAGCGCCAUAAUGGUGGUUUGGCAGGGGAACCGAAGGGUGCUUGGGUCCACGAUCUGUGGCUAACACUUGUUGUGGUGUUUGCGGGGGAAAUAUUGGCUUGCGCAAUGUUAACCGUACCCCCAUCCUUCAUGUUAUCCCCCACUGUUAUACUCCUCUUCAUCGCAUCGCACAUUGUCGCACACGCAAUACCUUCAGUUCUUAUACCUGACAUUUCACUGCUUACAGAGUUACCGCUUGCAAUAUUGGAUGCGGCAACACGUUCGAUGAUGGUAUGCGAUGGUACUAUUGCACUAGUUAGGAGUAGCCCACAUCUCUCUGUGCAAGCUUCUCCUAUGGCACUCUUAGUUACUUCUACCACUCUUGGCAAUGUAGGAUUCUUCAUUGUCAAUGUUUUUUCGAUGCUGGAUCCUGUGGGGUGGAAUGUUAAUGUCCCACCAGAGUUGCGACCGUGGGGAUGGACCACUAUGGACCUUUGGAUUGCACCGCUCGGGACGGCGAUUUAUGCCACCGCCACUCAAAGCCAAGCGUUUUGGACGCGGCUCCCUGCUUUAAUCCUGGGCAUCUUGAACGUGGAUCCAGCUGUACAAAGCGAGCUUGACGCCAAACUCCUUACCGUCAUGCCAUUAUCGAAUGAUGAUGGCCGUUCGGUAUGUUUCCUGGUAGUGGCGACUUUGUUCACGCUUCGAGCAUUGUACAAUUUCUCGCUGCCGUCAGUGGCUCCCAAAGCAUCUCCACAAUCGAACCAUUCUACAUCAACAAAACGCUGUAGGUUCGAAUCCUCCUCACCCCGGGUCUUCGUUUCUUACUGAACUAAUUUCUCGCCUGUUUUUGGAGCUAGUAGCAGGUGCCAAGGUGAAAAGGGCGUAGGGAGUGUU